CAAGGCCAAUACAUGUGACACCACCUCAGGCACCAUGUCACCUCUCUGUGUCACAAGUACAAGUGCCAGUCUGGAGGGAUCUUGUGUCACUUCAACUGUUCCUGACCAUGCCUUGUGCAGUGAGGAUGAAAGCGAAGAGCAGUUGCGUGAAGACCCAGAAUUUCUGCACUUACUUUCCCCUACUAUUCCUCGCAAGCUUCCUACUCAUAAGUUUUCUCUCACCCCAAAGCCUAAAGAUGUGCUAAUAAAGGAAUAUGAAGCAGAAGUGGAGGAUGAAAUAAAGAUAGAUUUAACGACACCACACACGUCAGUCAACGUUGCUCUUGAUUGUCCUGGGCGCCCAGCAAAAGGACGGAAGUCGUCAAUCACUUCAUUAGGUGAAAAAUCAUGCAGGCAUCUCUUCACCAAAAACAUGAUAGUUAGUGAUAUUUCAGAGAAAAUCCGAGAUGAAGACUCCAAAAAUGUUACUACAAAAGCUCAUGAAGAAGAGCACGAGGAAGAAGGGUUGCAUGUCAAAAAAUUAUUACGAGAAAGUGAUUUGAAUGCCCCAGUAGAAAAGGGUUAUAUAUUGGAGCAUGGUAUGGACUGCUCACCAGAACGGCAGGCACAGUUGAUAAAACACAUGUCCCUAAACAGCCCAUUAGGUGACAAUAUACCUACUGUAAUCACACCCAUUGGUUCCCCUCAAAUGGGUCCCUGGUCGUCAUCUGUAUCAAGUUGCUCUGGGUGUUCCUCCUGUGUUUCGUCAGAAUUGGAAUCUCCGGUGCUACUUCAGGUCAAGGCAGCCAGUCAGACCAUAGAGUCCAGUGGAGAAGAUUUUGAUGUGGACUUGCCACUGACACAAGAGGCAUUAUGUAAUAUGCCAUAUACCAGCUCUCCUGUCAGAGAGUCAAGUGAUGAGACAGAAGUAAAAAAACACCAGCAGGAAGAGGAAACACAAACUAAAGAGAAAAAGGACGUAAAAAGUUUUGUUGAGACAAAUAGCCCAAAGGCAGAGAGCAGUAGUCUUCCCAUACCAAUACCAUCAAUUAACUUGAAAACAGGCACACACAAGUUCUUGAGCCCAGCAAAGGACCAUGGUUCUCUUGGUGAUCAGUUUAAGGUCGCAAAGCUAGAGACCAACAUCACAGUCUCAAGUUUUGGUAGCACCUCUAGCAACUGGACUGCAAUCAGUGGGAUCAGUCCACUCCCCUCAAGCCUUACUAAUACCCAUCAUCACCAUAACCAUCACCACCACCACCACCAUCAUCAUCAUAAACAUCACCACCACCACCACCACCAUCACCACCAUCAGCAUCUUAGUAACCUCAAUCAGCAAAUGUUGGAUGAAAAUAAAGAUAUACUUAUCACAAGUACUCCAAUAAACAAGAAAAUAAAGUUAGAUGUAAUGGAUUUAUCUGCUGUAACAACAAACCCAGAUCAAGAAGGGACUCUUCACCUGAUACCCAGAGAAUCCCGGUUUGUCCACUCCUCAGAGCUGAAGUUCAUAGAUACAUUUAAUUCGCAAGGAAGCAUAAUGGAUAUGGAGUUAGCAGGGGAAGACAGAGGACUAUCACAGCCAUCAGGAACACCACUGUCAGGAAGUGACAAGGAGAACAUACCACCCAGCAGUGCCCUAUGCUUAGUCAGCCACCCUGGACCAGAUCCCAGUACCAUUGAAGAUGAAAAUAAGCUGACAGCCUUCAGUGAAAAUUGUCUGGAAUGUGCGCUUCCCAGAGAUAAUGUGGAUAGCAUUCCAAACAGGAUAUUUCUUGACAGUCCAAUUUUGGGGAAGGAUAUGUUAAAGAGAAUGCUGGAGGAUUCCAUCACCCCCACCAGAAGGAAACGUAGGAAGCCAAUUAUCCGCCGUCUGACUGAGCAAGAGGCUCAUGCUCUUAUUGCUGCUCCUGAGACAAUGCCAGAUGAUGUCUGGGAAGACCUGCCAAUUAUUCGUCGAGCUUCGUCUGUGGAUGAGAGCCUCUUCCGUUCUGUGAUGAUUGAUGGACCUUUAUCUACCACACUUGAAUAAAGAACAUGGUAACGGGAACCCUUAUAUGUGAUGGUGCUUAUGUUUUGAGAUGUACCUUUUUUAUUUUUUUAUUUUUUUAUUUUUAGCAAGGUUUUUUCUUCUUCUAAAAUGUGAAGUAUCAUUAUUUCAUUUUUUAAAGGAUAGCUUGUAUUACUUAGCUGAAAAUAUUAUUUUCAGUAAGUUGGCAAAUGUAACUGCAUGAGUGCAACUUGUUUUUUGUUCAAGGUCUUCUCGAAAAUAUUAUUGAUUAUAAACUUGUUUAUUUACCUCUAGAGAUUUUAUGUAUUAUUGAU